AUGGCUGUAUCAACACUGAAUAUGACACCGUACUUCACCGGAUACUCUUUUCAAGGUCAGGGUCGUAUGAACCAGUUGGGUGGCGUGUUCAUCAACGGUCGUCCGCUGCCGAACCACAUCCGCCUGAAAAUCGUGGAGAUGGCAGCGGCGGGAGUGCGGCCCUGCGUCAUCUCGCGCCAGCUCCGCGUCUCGCAUGGCUGCGUCUCCAAGAUCCUCAACAGAUACCAGGAAACGGGUUCCAUACGUCCCGGUGUGAUUGGUGGGUCCAAGCCAAGAGUUGCGACUCCUGAAGUUGAGAACAGGAUAGAAGAGCUGAAGAGACAAAACCCAGGUAUAUUUUCCUGGGAAAUUAGAGAUAAACUAAUUAAAGAAGGCAUUUGUGAUAAAAACACAGCGCCAUCUGUGAGUUCCAUUUCGAGACUAAUACGAGGAGGCAAAAGGGAUGAAUCAGAUCCUAGAAGAAAUCACAGCAUUGAUGGUAUUCUAGGUCCAUCAUCUUGUGAAGACUCAGAUACCGAGUCGGAGCCAGGAAUCACAUUGAAGAGGAAACAGCGAAGGUCUAGGACCACCUUCUCAGGAGACCAGCUGGAAGCUUUGGAACGCGCUUUCACCAGGACUCAGUACCCUGAUGUAUACACCAGGGAAGAACUCGCACAGAAAACCAAGCUGACCGAAGCUAGAGUUCAGGUAUGGUUUUCUAACCGAAGAGCUCGACUUCGAAAACAAUUGAACUCGCAACAACUGAGUGCCUUCAACACCAUGUCUCUACAGUCAGCGUUCCCAUCAGUACACCAACAAUACGAGCCUCCAUCCACUUUCAACGCACAAUGUGCAUCUUGGCAACAGUCAUAUUCAUCAGCGUUGGGUACCAGCUCCGUCCUGAACUCCGCUCUAGCUCCUUCCCUACAUCAAUCAGCAUUAACUGCUCCUUCUGUAUGCCAGUCAGCGCUUGCAGCGUCCAGUCUCCAUCCCCCAACUUCAAGUUCAUUCUCCUCCGGUAACCUAACACCCCUUUCCCACUCUUCAGAGCUUGCUACACCCUUACAAGCACCUACUGAGCCAACCCCUCCGAGCUCAAGUCCAACCACGACGAGUCCUUCUGCAAACCAGAGCAGUGCGCUCACUUACCAACAUUCAACAUAUGCGAAUCCAAGUGAACCUAUAUCUCACCCGUAUGGUUACGGAGACUACUCGAAGCAAGAGCACGCCAUGUCAGCACACAAUCACUGGACCACUAGGCAACUCAGCGGUCAUCCGCAAAACAAACUAGCAGAAGUCAGCGCCUGGCCUGAAAACUAUAGUUCAUUCUUCGGCACCAACGCGUCUCAUUACGCCUCGCACGCGCAUUCGCCCACUGAGGCCAAGUCUGGCUAUCCUUACUUAGGACAACUUGGUGGUAUGGACAUGGGCAGAGUCCACUAA